UCGCACUGUAGACAGAUGAGAAAAUGGAAACGGCAGUGACCCGUUGAUCUUCUUCUUCUUCUUCUUCACCAUCUCUCUCUCUCUCUCUCUCUCUCUCUCUCUCUCUCUCUGAAAACCCUGAUCUCUGAAACCUAUACUUACAUAUAUCGGCCUAUAUCUGUAUAUGCAGCCGAUGAAAAUGGCGGCGACGAUCGAAGGACAGGACCGGGUGAUGGCGACGGCUCAGCAGAUCGUGAAGUCUCUCAACACGUCCAAGGACGCCACUCAGGAUAUGAUUCUGAUCCUAUCGAGCUUCGACAACCGCCUCUCGAACAUCACCAGUUUGAUCUCCGCCGCUGACGGAUACUCCGACGCCAGGUUCGAGGCCGCCGAGAAGGUGAUUCUGGGCUGGGACUCCGAUUCUCUCGCGCCGGAGGAGGGGGCGGCUGAGUACCUCGCUGCGGUGGACGUAAUCCUCCGGUUGACCGAGGAUCUGGAGAUCGGAGCGGGGAGCGAGCUGAUGGAUCGGGCGGAGAGUGCGAUACAGGCGGCGAUGGCGAGACUGGAGGAUGAGUUCCGGCAUAUUCUGAUACGGAGCACGGUGCCGCUGGAUGCCGAGAGUCUGCACGGAUCGAUACGGAGGGUUUCGCUGUCGAUCGCGUCGAACGAUGGGGAAAUGGAGGGUUUCGAGAGCUUCGUGGUGGAUGAUCAGGCGAGUUUCUGUCACGAGAGAGGCGCGAGCUUGGGGGAUGAUGUGUGUGUGGACUUGAUUCAUCCUGAUGCUGUUGGAGAGCUGAAGGAGAUCGCUGAUAGGAUGAUUAGGUCUGGUUACGAGAAGGAGUGCUGCCAAGUGUAUAGCGGUGUUCGCCGUGAUGUUCUUGACGAGUGUUUGUCGAUUCUUGGGCUUGAGAAGCUGAGUAUUGAGGAGGUUCAGAAGGUUGACUGGAGCUCAUUGGAUGAGAAGAUGAAGAAGUGGAUCCAAGCCGUUAAGAUUGUGGUUAGGGUUCUUUUGACGGGUGAGAAGCGGCUUUGUGAACAGCUAUUUGAGGGUUCUGAACUGAUAAAAGAGGUUUGCUUCGUGGAGACAGCAAAGGCAUGCGUCAUGCAGUUGUUGAACUUCGGGGAAGCCAUUGCGAUUGGAAAGAGGUCAUCAGAGAAGCUGUUUCGUAUACUUGAUAUGUAUGAUGUGCUGCUGAGCGUUUUGCCUGAUUUGCAAGUGUUGUUUGGUGAUGAGUCAGGGAAACUAGUGUGCAGUGAGGCCCAGGGAGUGCUGGCUGGACUUGGAGAAGCAGCUGUUGGCACACUUGUGGAGUUUGAAAAUGCUGUUCGGGGUGAGGCUUCUCGGAAACCCAUUCAAGGAGGCGAGAUUCAUCCACUUACACGAUAUGUUAUGAAUUAUGUGAAAUUGCUUGUGGAUUAUAGUGAUACCCUGAAUUCUCUUCUGGAAGAAGAUGUGGAUAAAUUAGAAAAUUUGCAAAGGGAUGAUGAUGAUAACACACCAUCAGAGGGCAUGUCUCCAACUGGAGGUUGGUUGCUUUUAUUGCUAAAAUCUCUUGAAUCCAAUAUUGAGGAGAAGUCGAGAAUGUACGAAGAUGGUGCAAUGCAAUAUAUAUUCUUGAUGAAUAACAUACUUUACAUAGUUCAGAAGGUGAAAAAUUCUGAGCUUGGAAAGCUUUUGGGUGAUCAAUGGGUUCGCAAACGCCGGGGUCAGAUUCGUCAACAUGCCACAAGCUACCUCAGAGCCUCAUGGAGCAAAGUCUUGUCUUGUUUGAAGGAUGAAGGGAUUGGCGGGAGUGCAAGUAAUGCCUCCAAGGUGGCUUUGAAGGAAAGAUUUAAGAAUUUCAAUACUGGUUUUGAAGAAAUUUAUAGGAUCCAAACAGCUUGGAAGGUUCCAGAUGCUCAACUUCGUGAAGAGCUUCGAAUAUCCAUUUCAGAGAAAGUAAUACCAGCAUAUAGGUCAUUCCUGGGAAGGUUUGGGAAUCAGCUAGAGAGUGGAAAGCAUGCUGGGAAAUACAUUAAAUAUACACCAGAAGAUUUGGAGAACUAUUUAUUGGACCUAUUUGAAGGGACACCUGGAGUUCUGCAUCACCUGAGAAGAAAAAAUUCAUAGUAAUGGGGGAUAGGUAAGCCUGUCAUCAAGUUUGAUUCAGUUUAUUUCAAAAUGAGCUUGAUGAUGUGCUACUUAUUUUAUUGUUGUUAAUGUUUAAUCAAAAGGUUUUGUGAAAUAUAGUCACAGCUAGAUACUGUAAUAAUUUUGUACAUGUUUUAGAUCCUUUAUGUGUGAAACUCAAUCAUGUCUCAUGUUCAUGAGUGGCAUUUACAGUUGAAUGUUGACUAUGGGUCCUGAUUAUUUCA